GAGUCUGAUUUUAAAUAUUUUUAUCUCUUUAGUAUACAUUUUGAGUGUGUUGUGACUAAGUGUUGCUAUUAUAGUGGAUAAAUUCAGUUGCACUAAGCAUAAGAAGCAAAUAUGGCUCCAAAACUAACGUUGUAUUACAUGCCAGUUAGUCCAGCAUCAAGAGCUGUUGUUCUUCUUGCCAAAGCUAUUAAUAUUGAUCUCGACCUAAAAGAAAUCGAUAUAUCAAGAGGAGAACAUUUGACUCCAGAAUUCUUAAAAAUAAAUCCUCAACACACACUUCCAGCCCUUGACGAUAACGGAACUGUAAUCAUUGAUAGUCAUGCGAUAAACACGUACCUCUGCGAUAUGUACGCUCCUAAUAACAGUCUAUAUCCGAAAGAUUUAUCAAAACGUGCACACAUCGAUUCUCGUCUCCAUUUCGACACAACAUUGUUUGCAAGAAUUCGAUAUCUUUACGAACCGAUUUACGAAGGGUCACCGCAUAUGCCUGAGAAUCAUAUCUCAUUGGUUACAAAUUGUUGGGAUAUUUUGGAAGCAUUUCUAGAAAAUGGAAAAUAUUUGUGUGGUGAUGAGUUAACUAUUGCCGAUCUAGCCUGUAUUUGUAAUUUUUAUGCAAUAGAUUCAUUUGCACCGGUUGAUCGUCAGAAGCACGCAAAAAUGAUACAAUGGGUGAAACGGAUGGGUGAAAUUUCAUAUUUGUAUAACGUAAUUGACUUGGAAGAAUCAAAGGCACAUCAGCACUACAUUCAAUAUUUAAUGGAAAACAAUGUGACGUCAUAGGCAAGUCUGCCAGAACUACAUUUGAUAUUUGAUGAAAAAUAAUGUGUGAACGCAUUUACGUUGAAAUUGUUUUUCAAGAUUGGAGUUCCUCGAUCCGUACCUCCGUUGAUUAUUAUUGUGUCAUAUUUAAGUCUAGUGAAGUAACAACGCACCUAGCAUAGUAGUUAA